CACACUGCGCCUCUGCAACCAUGACCCCUAAGAACCAGCAUGACGACAAGCACUCGCCAUCAACUCCAUCCGUUUCCACAGACAAAGCACAGCACGAGACCACUCCUUUGCUUGGUGCCGAGCAUCCGCCACCGCCCUACUGGGAUUCGACGGCUGGCCCUUAUCAGGCUGGUGCCCCUCUCGGACUUCCUUCGAUCGUCUAUGUCUACGAUGGCCCUGGAGCUCAUGAAGGCAUGGACGACUUGCAUCCGGACCGUAACGCGGGUAUCGUCCACCGUCAAUCUUCGCGCCAUUGCUCACGCGGAAGGUUAUUGUUGGCCUUGGCAGGUCAUGCUAUCGUAGUGUGGUUAAUAUUCAUGGCAAUUAAAGGAAACGGUGCCCAGAGGAACCCUGGCUCCCCUAGCCACGAGCCACCAUCUAUGGAUGUGCCUAAUAUACCUGGCUAUUGUCGUGCGAACCCUGUCUUUCAUACCGAAAACGCAGUCUUCGAUUUCGAGGAUCCAGAGACUUUCCGACUGUAUGAAUCGGUCGACACAAAUGGUCCGUCGCAUACGGUCGUAGGAGAGAUCAAUCUGGUUCCUGCACCACCAGACCAAAAGGCCAAGAUCAACGUCAACUUGACUUUCUCGACCAGCGAGCGCUAUGAAAACGAGCACAUAUAUGCUGAAAAAUCAGACACUGAGGUUAAAAUCAAAUCCUACCAUUCAAGCAACUACCCCAGACCCGUUUACUACAGGCCUUGUACCUGGAUUAACGGAUUCGUAUACAUAAAGCCUGGGACUACACUAGACACUCUUGGCAUCGUCGCAAAACAUCUCAGCCUUCGCAUACACUCAGACCUUGCCACCACUGCAUCCAACGAAACUUCCAUCGACCUUCGCGCCGGCAAUUUACACUCUUGUAGCUCCGCUUCCCUAUCCAGUCGUCGCACCCAUAUCGAUCUGACAUCUGGUUCCGUCAGUGGAUCCUACCCACUCUUUGACCUGCUCGCAAUCACCACACACUCCGGCAGCAUCACUAUAUCAGUCGACCCCAAAUCCGCAGACGAGGAAAAGCCUGAGCCGGCAGAGUUCUCAGCCCGAAGCAACGUAGGCAGCGUUGACGUGACGUUCCCGAUUGCAAACCUGCCCGCACGAGAGUACCGCACAGCAGUCCAUACAGAUGCAGGCAGCAUCAAAGGUGCUUAUGUGCACGGCACGAGCACAGUCUUAACCACGAACUCGGGCAGCAUCACUGCCGGUAUCUUGCCGUACGCCGCAGAUGACCAUGCCUCGGAACUGCGAACGAACUGCCACACUGGGACCGCUCGAAUUGAGCUUUUGGCUCCCUAUAAAAAGUCCGGAAAGCAGAUCAAUAGGCUGAAGAGCGAGCACUCCGGCAUGACUGGCAGCUUGCACGUCAAGUACCCGCAAGAGUGGGAAGGGAGCAUCAAGGCGGAGAGCGUGACCAGCAGCGUCAGUGUGAAGGGAAAAGAUGUGAGAGUCGUGGGAGAGGGGAGUAAAGGGCCGAUUGGGAAAUGGAUUGAGGCUGUUAAGGGUGAUGGUAAGAGUACAGUGCUUGUGAAGAGCGUGAGUGGGAGCGUUGAGGCCUUGAUUGGUGAUUUGUAGAUGAGGUUGUUGUGUGCUGUGGGCGUCUGAUGCAUCGCAUGGAGAAAGAGUGGGAAGUGCAAAGUGGUGAUGUAGUUGUUGGUAGGGAUAAAAGAAUCUCAAUACUCGACCAAUUGCCGUGUUAUGAUCUAAACGGCAUCUUUAAAACGGAAA